AUGUCUUCUCACCGAUCCGAUAACGAAAGUGACACCGAAGUUUUUGUCGAUGCCGAAGAAUCACUUGACCAAAUUACCUUGACUACUACAAUAACUUCGGAUAGUAUCAAUGGAUUAAAGUCGAACACUUCUAAUAAUGACAGUGUUCAACCGGAUCCAAUUCUUUCAAAUAAACCAGCGUCCAUAGCCAUUCCACAGAUCUCUGUGACAGACAUGUCUUAUGAGGAAGAUAAAGAGUUAUCAGAUUUGACAAAGGAUCAGGAAAAUGUUGAUAGUGAUGUGACAACGGAUAACGAAGAUGAACCUGUUGAUGUCACUGUUUAUGUUAAAGAUCUGGAUACUGGCAAAAAUAUACCAGCAUCUGAUCUUGAAGAAGAAAUUAAACAAUCAAAUGGAAAUAUUGAUCCACUAUCUUUUCAAAUAUUGCAACGGACAGGUUCAGAUACAGAAUUAAAUAAUAUUAGUGAUGAAAAUCACACAAGAAGCAUAAGCGAUGAGGAUAUCAAUACUACAGAUGACAAACCUAACAGACGAAAAUCAUUUUUAAGUCGCUUAAAACGAACGUCUCAUGACAAAAAUGAUGACGAGGGUGGAGAUGAAGAUGGUGUUACUGGGAAUACUGCGCCAGUAUUUUCCGAAAAUGAAAAUGGUUUUGGACGUGCUCAGCCUCGAUACAUAAAAACUCGAGCACGAAACAAACCAAUUAAAGAAUUUGAUCGACUUUUUCUUGCCCAAGAAUUGUAUAAUCCAAUUUCUAGUGAUGUGACUGAUUUUAAAACUGGUGCUAUUUGGUCUAUGAAAUUCAGCAAGGAUGGAAAAUUCUUGGCGACAGGUGGUCAAGAUACUGUUGUUCGGGUAUGGGCUGUUAUUUCAAGUGACGAAGAAAGAGAGCAUUUUCUCGAAGGAAGUGGUACGAGUGUAUAUGAAGGUAUCAGUGGCGCAAAAUUAGGGGCCCCUGUUUUUCGCGAUAAACCAUUGUAUGAAUAUCGCGGGCAUACGGCUGAUAUAUUGGAUCUGAGUUGGAAACAACUUCUUACUUUCUUCAUCAAUGGACAAAACCGUGAGGAUGAUCGGUUUUUCCUUUCUGGAUCAUUGGAUUGCAGAUUACGUCUUUGGAACAUCCCCGAGAAGAAAGUUGCCCAUUGGAAUGAGCUUAACGAUUCUCAGCUAAUUACUGCUGUUGGCUUUGCUCUUGAUGGUAAAAUGGCUGUUGCGGGAAGUUUAUCUGGAUUGUGUCUUUUUUAUGAAACGGAUGGGUUAAAAUAUAAUACACAGAUUCAUGUGAAAAGUGCACGUGGCAGAAACUCACAGGGUAAAAAAAUAACUGGAAUUGAGUCUAUGCCAGGAACUCUUCCUGGUCAAGAAAAAUUAUUGAUAAGCUCGAAUGAUUCAAGGAUUAGAUUAUAUAAUAUGCGGGAUAAAUCUUUGGAAUUCAAAUAUAAAGGACUUGAAAACACCUGUAGUCAAAUCCGGGCUACGUUUAGUGAUGACGGCCGUUAUAUUAUAUGUGGUUCUGAAGACAGACAUGUAUAUAUAUUUAACACAGAUCAUUCUAGCGUAAAUUCACAUCAUGGAGGUGGCGGCUGGCUAAAAAAAGAAAAAAAGUGUGGCUAUGAAAAUUUUGAGUCACAUUCCGCUAUAGUAACAGUCGCCAUAUUUGCACCUACUCGUACAAAACAAUUAAUUAGUCUUUGUGGUGAUCCAAUCUUUGCAAAUACUGUUAAUAACGAAAAUUCAGCUAAUCAAACUUAUCCUGAUGGCAAUAUAAUUGUUUGUGCUGAUUAUACUGGAAGUAUAAAAAUUUUCAGGCAAGACUGCGCUUAUUACCCUUCUCGUGAUUCUGAUUCGGUUUCUUUUAGAAGUACAAGGAAAGUAUAUUUAAAAAUUAAAUUUUCAUUUAUUAUGUGGGAUCUUUAUUUCACGAGAUAUUUCCAUAAAAAAGAUCCCAUAUACAUAUUUCCUUGGUGUUUAUAUCUUCAAACUUUAUAA